AUGAAGACCUUCUCCUCCAUCGGAGGCGUCAUCGGCGCUCUGGCCAUCGGUAGCCAGGUCGUCGGUGCGAUUCCCUUCUUCUCUGAGCGAAACAAUGCUCCCAGCGACGGAGCCGCCCCCAACCAGGCUCAACUCGGCCCUGUCCACAUCCUCUACCAGAACGACCUGAGCACCAACGCCACCACCGGCGCCCUCCUGCUGCCCAACUCGGUGGGCGCCGACAGCGCUGCCCAGGUCUGCGAGCAGAUCGGCGAGAAGCUCUUCCCUCUCGACACCUCGCUCCAGGGCGGCAUCGGCUCCGACCUCAUCGACCAGUUCAACUACCUGCGCUACGCCGGCACCAUCGGCUGGUACGAUACCUUCUGGACCAGCAACGGCGCCAAUGUCGCCGCCUACAAGGCUAGUCGAGGCUCCGUCCGACCCUACGGACAGGGCGAGAAGCUCGGCGUGCUUUGCACCCACUCUGCCGAGCCCGCUACCGUGCCGCGCGCCAACCCCUACGCCAACGGCAGCCCCACCGACAAGCUCAUCACGGUCCAGUCGGGCGACUACACCGUCACCGGCUACCGCGACCGACGGUCCUUCCGCUUCCUCGGCAUCCCCUUCGGUGACGCCCCCGUCGGAUCCAAGCGCUUCAUGCACGCAACGCCUUACACGGGCAACAAGGUGCUUGACGCCACCAAUUACCGCAAUGCUUGCGUUCAGUCCACCACUCCGCUCGGUCCCAUGCCUGUCGGCGAGGACUGUCUGAACCUCAACAUUUACACGCCCACGCUCGGCUCGUACGACCGCAAGAGCCUCAAGCCCGUGCUCGUCUCGAUCUACGGCGGCGCUUUCGUGAGCGGCCGCAACUCGCUUCACUCGUACGAUGGCGGUAACCUCGCCUCGCGUUCCGACAUUGUUGUCGUCACGCUCAACUACCGUCUGGGUGCACUCGGCUUCCUCGCCUCGGGCAAAGACCUGCCCGGCAAUGCAGGGAUCAGCGACCAGAUCCUCGCGCUCAAGUGGGUGCGUGACCACAUUGCUGCAUUCGGUGGUGACCCGAACCGCAUCACCAUCGGUGGAGAGUCGGCGGGUGCGCAGAGUAUUUCGGCGCUCAUUGCCAGUUCCGAGGCCAAGGGCCUGUUCCACGGUGCUUUCAUGCUGUCUAACCCGUGGGUGCCUUGGGUCAACCGCGCGGCUCAGUCCAAGUACAUUACUCCUGCGGUGGCAGCCAGCCUCAACUGCCCCGUCAGCGGCCAAGCCAUGGUCGAGUGUCUGCAGAAGGUGAGCGACCCUGCGCAGUUCGUUCAGGGUGCUGCAUUCACCAAUGCCACCAACGCCAUCACCGUGGCGCUGUCCAAGGUGGGUGGUUCGAGCCUGUUUGGCGCAUCGAUCGAGCCGUUCCUUCCGACCCCGGACGGUAUCCUGGAUGGCCAAUUCUUCUACCUUGCCGGCAACGGCACGAUCCCCAACAACGUGCCUGUGCUGCUGGGAACCACUUCGGGCGAGGGCUCGUUGUUUGUGUAUCAGCUGCUCAACCAGACCCUUCCCAACAUGCAGCCUGCGCUCGACAAGGCCUUUUCUGCACUCUACUCGCCCGACUUUGUGGCCAAGCUCGACGCGUCGGGCUACUUUAAGCUCGACGAGAGGAUCGGCGACUCGGUGCGCGAGCAGGUGGCCAAGGCAUUUACGUACAACUUCUUUACGUGCCCUACUCAGCGCAUCAUGGAUCUGGCACAGCAGAAGGGCCAAUUCCCCAAGGUCUACCUGUACGAGACCCAGUCGGGCUACCCGGACACUGUUGGCCACCCCGACAAGUGUGCACCCGAGGGCACGGGGCUGGAGGUAUGCCACAGUGACGACAUCAAGAGCGUUUGGGGCAGCUUGAACUACGAGGGCAUCCAGGUCAGCCAGCAGUAUCUCGACUUUGUCGCGUACAAUGCGGACGCCUUCAGUGCAUUCGUUAGGCAUGCUUCGCCCAACCCUAAGCAGGAGUAUCUGCGUGCGAGGGGGAGGGGCUAUACGUAUACGCAGAAGGUACAGAACUACAACAAGUGGCAGGCCUUCUACGAGCCCCUGCUCGAGAGCGGAAAGUUCAACACCCAGUACCUCUCUGCUCCCAACGGCAUCAGGAACGGUGCAAUUCCGCAUAGGGACGUCUGCGACUUCUUCUACCAGAAUGGGAAGCUCACCUACCAGACCCUCAACAACGCUGCCUAG